AUGUCCGUACCUGAUGCAGAACCGCCCAUCAUAACACAGUCGCACGACGAUCAAUUUGUAUCUGAACACUUGCAUCGUCGAAAUUCGCGAAUGGUCGAAUACCAUCAUGCCAUCGAAGAGGAGGAUGAAAGCAUUCGCACAGCGAGCGAGUGUGCCGAACCCUUGACACCAACCAGCCACACUAGCGAAAACAUAUCUUUCUCCCACCCGUUUCGCACCGACGAGCACGCAGAUGAAACUGACACAACAUCGAAGACCGCUGCUGAUUGCAUUCCCACCAGCCUAGUGCCUCAAGCAACAGAAAAGCCUACCCCUCAGUCUGGGAAUCAGACACCACCUGAGAAAAGGGGGUUCGGACGACGCGUUGGCUCGUUCGUGCGAAGUAAAUUGCAUCGACGGAACACCCCUAAGGAGGAUUCCAAGGAGUCUAGUCCAGAUCAACAUGAGACUCGCCAGACUCCAGAUUUCAGGGUCACGACCGGUCCUUUACAUGCUGCAUCCGCAUUUGAACAUAUUACCGACAUUGAUAAUUCGGCUUUCGAUUUCGCCAGGAGCAGAAGAAGACAUAGCUCUUUCUCCCUUUCAAGAAGCCCCCAAAGAUCCUCCCGAAUAGCCACUCCACCGCCACCAGCAGACUCGCCAACCGGAACCGCUUCGAAUGACGACCAGGAAAGGAAAACUCGUCUUGACAGAAAACCUAUGUCCUCCACAGCUCUCUCAAGCAUGCAACCUGCGAGGCCUGGUAUCACCUGGGCUGAUAAGGUCCCUGACAACAAGAGGCAUACGUGGACAAGAAGGCGAUCCGCAAGUACAGAUCAUAUGCUGCAGGUUGGGCGAGACGAUGACAAACCGACGGCUGGGAUGUUGAACACUUUCUCCAAGCCCCCUGAGAAGGGUGUAGGUAUGAAAGCCCGCCGCCUCAGUCUUAAUCUCCCGAGCGACUACAUCAUAGAUCAAUGUGAGCUUGACAAGGAGUUCAAGGGCUCAAGUCUCAUGCCUGGAAAACGUGGGAAGAUUCUAGGCAAAGGUGCAACAGCCGAAGUGCGGAUCAUGGCUCGUCGAGGCGUGUCUCGGGAUGAGCAACUGGUUGCUGUCAAGAUAUUUCGAGAGCGCAAUCCAGAAGAGACAGAGGAAGACUACAUAAUGAAGAUCAAGUCUGAGUACAGCAUCGCUCAGAGCCUACACCACCCCAAUAUUGUCGAGACUCUCCGUCUUUGUACACACCGUGGCCGCUGGAACCACGUUAUGGAGUACUGUACUCACGGCGAGAUUUACUCCCUAGUUGAAAGAAAAUUGUUCGCUAGCGGUGUCGAGGGAUUCUAUAGUCGCGAAGACCGCUUAUGCUUCUUCAAGCAACUACUCGGAGGCGUCGACUACCUGCAUAGUCACGGGGUCGCCCAUCGCGAUAUCAAGCUCGAAAAUCUCUUGGUCGAUAAGAAUGGGCAUCUCAAGAUCUCCGAUUUUGGUGUUGCAGAGGUCUUCAGUGGUGAACAUCCGGGUCUUCGUGCAUCUGGGGGCCAGUGUGGCAAAAAUAUGGGAGCAGUUCGGUUGUCAUCUCCCGGUAUCUGCGGUAGUCUACCCUACAUCGCGCCUGAAGUGCUGGCGAAGCGAGCUUCCUACGACCCUCGUCCGCUCGAUAUAUGGUCAUGUGCCAUUGUUUACAUCACGAUGACCUUUGGGGGAUGUCCAUGGCAGGCUGCUAAGUCUGAAUUUGAGUACUAUGCCAGAUUCAAGAGGGGCUGGCAAGAUUGGCUGAAAGAGCAUCCGGAUGGUGAGCUGUUCGAUGGCCCGGACGGCUAUCCAAAAUGUGGCAAGCUCUUCAACAUGAUUGAGGGACCGGCUAUCAGGCAUCUCAUCCUCAGAAUGUUGCAUCCGAUCCCCGAGAAACGUAUUACCAUCCGCGAAGUUUUGAACACCAGCCUAAUCCGGAACGUUGAUUGUUGUUGCCCUGGAAGCUUUGAAGAUCCAAGAUGCUGCUCAGAUAGCUCGAAGCCUGCUCCAACCUCUGGAAAAUCUUCACCAAAGAAGCCUCUUCACCACCAUAUACCACCCAAACCCGAGAGCAGGUCUCGCGUUCAUAUUUUCGAGCUUGCCCUCAGACAUCUCAACAAGUCGCGCGAUUGCCGCGUCGACUGGCAGCUCUGGCACAAGAACCUGCUCCUAGUAUCGCUAUCAUCGCAACGCUUCUCAGAUUGGCAUUUACCGCAAUUUUCCGCCCAUCCCUUUGACCGGCAUGGCGCCGAGCAGAAAAGCGAGAUAAAGAGCUUGAGCCAUCACACUACUACAGCCCACCAAGAUCCUUGGUACCGCAUCGGCGGGAAAGCACUGGCAGGCGUCAUCUGCCGCGGGAUCGAUUGCGACUUCACAAACGGGCCGCCGAACUCAAACUUCGGUCGCGAUGUGUCGACUUAUCGUUUAGCUAGCUUGGCUUUCCCUAUCACGCCGGCUACACCUCCCGCCGACGUCAACGGCAUUGGAUUUGUUGGAUUUACUGGGGCCACGGCGUGGAUCGUGUCAGCAAAAGAGAUGCGGAUAACGAGCAACGUGGGGUUUGGAUGGCCCAGCAGCGUCGGCGUCGGAGCGUUCUUCGGCGCAUGCUCCGUUCACAUGGUACUGCGGGGUUGUUCCGAGGAACGGGUGAAUUCAUGGUGGGGCAUCGUGUACCGUAUCGCUCAUUGCGAGGACACCAAUGUGGCGGAAAUAUGCACUGACGACCGAGGGGCAGGUGUCAUGCAGUGUUGUAUGAUAGGCAGCUGA